GCCAUGUUGACCUUGACAUAUUUAUUCAUCCAAUUUUACCGUUUUGUAAUUUUGCUCAAGUUAACAUAUCGACUCCAUCGCUCCCUCGCUACGAUGGCUUGAUUUUGCGUCACGAAAUUGAAUCGUGUCGAACUAAAGAUGUCUGUGGAGAGAAGGCUGCACGAGACGAAUAGGUACAAUCAAUCAUCUGUCGCUUAUCAGACUCAGAUAUGGACGUCUUGGUACUGCUAGAUCGACUCGAUAUUGGCAGUUUCAGACAUGUCAAAAAACAACAAAAAGCGGCGGAGAUGCCAGGACCAUGGCGAUGCGGUCGCUGGUGAUGUUGGUUGCUCCAAGCCAGCCAAGAAACGCAACAAAGGGGGACGAGUUGACAUGUUGGAACUGAAUAAACAGCCUCGUCCUGCUGAAGUCACACAUCUUGUCUUGUCACAAUAUUUCCCAUGCUUGCAAACCCUACGCGAACACCUCCUUUCAAGUCUGCCUUCCUCGUCUAGGAUCAGGAGACGCAAGAUCGCGGCCAUCGGUGACCGAGUUGACGGCAAGGAGGGCGCCGCAGACAAAACACUCGAGGCUGCAGUAGCCCACCUCCUUGACUCGACUAUUGUUGCCGCAUCGGAAGAGCGGGCGGCCCCCUCCGAUGGACGAUGGGAGCAGUGGGCAAACUUCUCCCAGAGAGGCGACGAAUCUUACGUCACCUUGUCGGACGGCGUGACAAAAGCUCUCUUCUGCCAGUCAGAGAUUGUGAGUUUCGUCAUCUGGUCCCUGUUUGAGAGGGAAAAGAAAUGCGGGGGCUGGCCACGGCAUUUAUUGUGCGAUGGCUUCAGCAGAGGACCCGUCUCCCGAGCUAACGGAUACGUCGGGCUCGCGGCGGCCGAUGCCGUGCCCGGAAUAUUCGUUACCCAACCAAACCCACGCGUGAAGAUAGUCAAAUCAUCACCAUGGCCAGAGCUGCUAUCGAUGCUCGGUCAGGCUGGAGAGAAGAUGAUGAUUGAUCUCCUCCUGGACCAUUCUAUUUUUAUCAAAGUGCCAACCGGGAACGAGAACUACUAUCAAUUGAGUGGGAGACCGAUCACCAAUUUAGAGCCGAUCAUUGCUGCCAAGUCACAAGACCCCGGUAAAGUCCAUGGAAGCCAAAAGUCGGCGGCAAAGAUAGUCUUCGUGAGGAGCCGCAUGCUAUAUGCGCGCGCGGCACUUAAUGCCCGUGGGGCAGUGCACUUUGGGCUCAGACACAUCCAUGUCUUGAAUAGGUACCCAGCAAUCUCAGACGCCGAUAAAGGACGGAAAGGGGGCGAUGGCGAACCCGCAGAUGUCGCCCGACAGGAGAAAAUGCGCGGCAACACGAUACAUUGCAUGAUGUAUCUGUUCCCUAGGCAGUUUGGUUUGCACAAUGCCUUCACAUCUGUUGUUGACCAUACUCAAACAAGCCAGAGGUUCCAAGACUAUACCUUGCGCGAGGAAGAGAUUCAACAGAAAUACCAAGGUUCGAGCCUCGGCCGUGUUUCAAUCCCUAAACGACUCAGAGGUGCCCCUUUUCACUUGGUGGAGAAGAUGCAAGUACUGCAUCGACGUUGCUCGUACUCUGCGCUCUUGAAACACUACUGCCCUGCUUCUUCAACCGAUGAAAUAGUAGCCUCACUUAAGGACGGUGGUGCCAAGAUAGACGAGCACAGGUUGAUACUCGAUCUGGCCACUCCAGCAGUUCAUGUAUCUGCUUACUGCCAAGCAGUUCUUUCCAGGCUUGUCCCAGAUAAAUUUUGGGGAGACGGACAGAUUAGAGUAGCCAACAAAAAAGUAUUUCUUAAGCACGUUGAUCACUUUGUCAAGCUGCGUCGGUUCGAAACGAUGAAUCUUCAUGAACUAAGCCAAGGACUCAAGAUCAAUGAAAUAGAAUGGCUUGCUCCGCCUGGGUUAGCACGUCAAAAAGCCAGCCAGUCGGAUAGGCGAAAGCGACUCGAGAUAUUUCAAGAAUUUCUCUACUACCUUUUCGAUUCAAUACUCAUCCCUUUGAUCCGCAGCAACUUUUACGUCACAGAAUCAAGUACUCACCGUUCCCAACUAUUCUUCUUCCGCCACGAUGUGUGGCGUCAGAUCGCUGAGCCGUUUAUGGCUGUACUCAAAGUCAACAUGUACGAGGAGGUGAACACGGACGAAGCACAGCAGAUACUGGCCUCGCGCGACCUCAACUUUAGUCAAGUUAGGCUGUUGCCGAAAGGCUCCAGCAUGCGCCCGAUCACUAAUCUGCGACGAAGAACACUGGCCCAGGGUAGUAAAAAGAUGCUUGGCGCCAGCAUAAACACUAUCCUUGGCCCGGCCCAUACUAUGCUCAAAUAUGAAAAGACCAAAGACCCCUCCCGGCUUGGAUCAGCCAUGUUCUCGGUCGGCGAUAUAUAUAGUCGUUUAAAGGCUUUCAAGGAGCGAGUGGGUACCUCAAACCAAAGGUUCUAUUUUGCAAAAGUCGACGUCAAGGCUGCUUUCGAUACAAUACCCCAGUCGGCAGUUCUUCAGCUUAUAUCAGAUAUUCCCACUCAUGGUCAAUACAAGCUCAUCAAGCACGCCGAGGUUGGACGGGCUAGCGGCGAUCCUUCGGCCCCAGGCAAGAUUGCCAAGCGAUGGCGCUCUUAUGCCAGAGGCAUAGGUGAUCACAUCACCUUCAUGGAUGUGCUUUCCACUCAGAUCGCCCGGAACAAGAACAACUCGGUCUACUUUGAGAGCGUCUUUCAAAAGGUCCACAACACGAUUGAUUUGAUGAAUCUGAUCACGUCACAUAUUAAGCAGAACCUGGUUCGAAUAGGGAAGAAGUUUUAUCGACAAAAGGAUGGGAUCCCACAGGGCUCGAUUCUCAGCUCGCUUUUAUGCAACUACUUUUAUGCCGACUUGGAACUUAAAAAACUGCCCUUCUUGCAGUCCGACGAUUGUCUCCUCCUUCGUUUGAUAGACGACUUUCUUCUGAUUACACUCGAUGUGUCCAAGGCGAGGCAAUUCGUAGAGGUCAUGCACGCCGGUGUGCCUGAAUAUGGAGUAACCGUCAACCCCAGCAAGAGCCUCGUGAACUUUGACCUAGUGUGCCAGGGAGUUGAGGUUCCCAAGCCGGGCCCUGGUAGAUCAACAGAGUUCCCCUACUGCGGCACUCUCAUCAGUUGCAGCUCGCUUGACGUCAGCAAAGACCGUCGCGAUCCGACGGCACCACGCGCUCUCACGGUGGACUUUUCGCGCCAUCAGGGCCGCAACUUUCAGCGCAAGGUUCUCAACGCCUUCAAGAUACAGUCGCACCUGAUGUUCUUCGACUCGACGCACAACUCACGGCGCACAGUUCUCGCCAACCUCUUUGGGGCCCUGGCCGAGACGGCGAGGAAGAUGUGGGCGUACGCCAGGGCCAUGCCUCAGGGGAGACGGCCGAGGACGCACGUCGUUCUGCAGACCGUUGCGACGCUGGUCGACGUUGCGUAUGCGUUGCUGGCGAGCAGGUCGAGGAGGGCCAGGUUCCCCGGGUACGAAUGUGGCAUCAGCAAGAAGCUGGUGAAGUGGCUUUCAUUACACGCCUUCAGGCGAGUGUUGGCCAAGAGACAGGCCGGGUAUGGUCAAGUGCUCUCUUGGUUGAAUGCGGAGAUACGCAAGUUGAACUUUAAGGGCAAACUCCCAGCAUGCAAUGUGUAGGGAGGGAGCGACGGACUGCCCAAAAACUUUUUUUUUCUUUUUUUUUUUUUCUUUUUGCUCAAUGUCAAAGUCUAUUCCGAGGCCUCUGGAG